GCGAACCGGGACGCGGUGAUCAGCAGAGCCCCAGACCAGCAGGAUGACCGAGCUGUCAGCCUCCAGGAUGCUUCUGCAGUCUACGACCUCCUCAGUAUCACACUGGGCAGAAGAGGGCAGUAUGUCAUGCUUUCAGAGUGCUUGGAGAGAGCCAUGAAGUUUGCAUUUGAUGAGUUUCACCUCUGGUACCAGCUUGCCCUGUCCAUGGUGGCUUGUGGAAAGUCAGCAUAUGCUGUGUCAGUGCUCAGAGAGUGUGCGAAACUGCGACCCACGGAUCCCACCGUUCCCCUCCUGGCUGCCAAGGUCUGCAUUGGGUCACUCCACUGGCUGGAAGAAGGAGAAUACUUUGCUAAAAUGGUGAUAGACCUGGGGGAGGAUGCUGGAGAGUCACUAGCAAAGGGAUACCUGGCACUGGGCCUGACAUACAGUCUUCAAGCGACUGAUGCUACUCUGAAAGGCACUCAGGAUGAAUUAAACAAGAAAGCACUUCAGACUUUGGAGAGAGCCCGUGACUUGGCCCCAGAAGAUCACCAAAUCAUCCUGUACCUGUCCCUGCAGCUGGCUCUCGUCAGACAGAUUUCUGACGCUAUAGAACAUCUUCAAGAAGCACUGCAGCUGUGCAAAGAUGACAUGAAUUCACUUCAUCUGCUGGCCCUCCUCUUCUCAGCUCAGAAGCACUAUCAGCACGCACUGGAUGUCAUCAACAUGGCUGUCGUUGAGUACCCAGAAAGCUUUAGCUUACUGUUGACCAAAGUAAAACUGGAAUGGAUACAUAAAGGACCUGAAGAGGCUCUGGUGACAUGCAGACAUAUGUUGCAGGUGUGGCAGAUGGUAUAUAAUGUUUUACAGCACAGUGGUUCUGAGAAAGGAAGUAGUGUGGCUGAAACACCAGUGGUCAAAAAGCAUAAUGGACUGCAUCUCACGCUCCCAGAUGCUCAUGAUACUGAUCACGGAUCACAGCGAGCAUCUUCCCUUGCUGCAUCAAGACUGGAACAGGCCAUGUCUGAAAUAACUAUGCAUAGCAGCACAAUGAAGCAAGGACCUAUGCAGCUGUGGACAGCUCUUGAACAAAUUUGGCUGCAGGCUG